AUGUCCACAAUUUUUAUUAACACCCCACUUAUAAAACCUAAAAAUAUUUUUAAAAUUUUUUUAAAGAAAUUUGAUUUACUUGUUCGUUAUGAUUGCUCUCCUAUAGCCUCAAAAGAGAACGAUGAUAACCAUUAUAGAUUACAUUAUAUCUUAAUAAAAAUAAUAACUGCUUGGAGGUAUGGAUUUACACCUACACAACAACAAAAACGUCCACAACUCGCCACUCCAAAUAAUUCACAACAAACAUUUCAACAGCCUAUAGUUAAUUGUUUGCCUGAAAUAUUUCAAAGUAUCGAUUCAUUAUCUAUAAUUGCUCAAUCACGAAUUUUGGAAUUAAUCGUCAACUCUGCCCGAGCAAAUUUUUUCUCGUCAAUGGAACCAUUCCGUAAUAAAAUAUCUUUAUUAAAUUCUAGUGAAUUUUUUACAAAUCAUGGAACUUUGUGGCAUUCACUUGAAGUUUUGGCACGUGCAAGAAAGGGGGAAAAUUGA